UCAUUUCACACUCGGGGGUAGUCAUACACUAGAGUAUUGGUCCUACUGUCUACAUAGGCUGGAUUAUCAGACACGGGGAUGACUACAACUCCACUGCCUGAGGUUACUUCUCCUGAACCUAAGUCAUUCGUUGUUGCAUCGGCACUCUCUCUCCUUUUCUUCCUCCUCCUCAGCCACAGUACUAGCAGUAUUGUGAGAGUCGCGGCUGUCAGAACUAUCAGCACAGAUAGAGAGGAGGACACACCAGCAACUAUGCUAUCUGAAAAGACAGAAUGCAACAGAUUUGACACCUGCAUUUGUAAGGGUCUUACCAACUGCUGUUGGGAUAGAGGGUGGUACGAAAUGCUCAGGGAUAUCAGUGGACAUUGGUGAUAUUACACAGUGCUCUACCACUGAGCUACCAGAGGUGGCUCACCAGGGCUCAAAGUUUGCACAACACAAUACAAGGCAAAGGGAAACUGUUCUACAG